AUGACAACGAUGUUCGUCCAACUGCGCCGUGUGGUGUACCUGUUGGUACUUCUGCAGUGCUGCGUGUGUGUGGCGAGUGCUAGUGGCAAGCAGGAGGUUUUCACCGUGAAGUCUACUAAAGAUGCGGCAGAGGUUGAAUGGUUUAGGAAGACAGUAGACGAGGUGUAUAAGCACAUUGUGCACACGAAUGGUUGUCUGUCUGUGUUAAAGGAUAAAAGGCAAUUAACCACGAACAAUACCGCGCGUGCCAGGGCCGUUGUAAAGAAUGUCACUGAUCUUGUUGUGGCGUUCAUGGAAUUAAAUGCAAAGGAAGAAGGGCGGGGGCAGAUUGGUGCGUGGAUCGAGGAAAGAAAGGAUGAGAUACAACAACACAUUAAUGAUUUGGAGGUUGUGAUGUCAUCACUCUUAGACAUGUCUCUAUUGAGUGAUAAUUGCAGGAAACAAUCCAUGGUGUCUGAUGAUGAUAUGAAUAGACUAGACGACGCUCGAAAGCGCUUUUUGAAAGUGCCAAGAAAAGAAACGACGGAGAUAGUGGGACUCAGACUGGGCAGCAGAAUAGUAAGCGAAAAAUUAUUUGACCUCUUAAAAGACCUCAAGUCCCCAGAGGGUGGACUCCUACCACUUAGGGAUGCGAGAGAAUCCGUGAAUGACGCGAAAAGAGCAAUGCAGGCCCUCUUGGAUACUUUCAAAGAUGUCAAGACGUUCAAGGUUCCUUCAGUAGAAGAAAUGGGUGAGGGAUUUUUGAGAAAGGCAGAGGGGAGAAACGUCACCGUUAUUAAAGAACUGGGGGAAGCAAAGGAAAAGGCAAAAAGAGAAAUCCAGCGUCUUUUACGGGAGAGGCGUGGUGAAGAAAAAAACGAGAAAGAAGUUAUGGAACAAGAUGGGAGUGGAGUCGUAGAGCAGCCGUCAACGGGGAUAAAAGAGACGCAAGAGGUUGAUACAAAUGGGCAGAGUGUACAGGAAAAAGAAGAAAAACAGGUGGAUAGUGAAAGUGCCGGAAAGGAAGAAGUGGUAGGUGGAACGGCCAUGGAGGAGCAGAAAGAAGAGAUCCGGAAGGAGGACGCACCCCAGCAGGGUGUGAAGAUCAAGGAAGAGGCCAACGUUACUGAUAUAGGAGCGGAGAAUGUCAUUAAAGCAAUACGAGAGAGUGACAGCAGCAGCAAUCCUGCAUUGGUGCACGCUUCCAUGCUGCUUCUGUUGUGCGUGCUGGGGUGCAGUCUCGUUUGCUGA